UUAACAGCGUAACUAACAGUAGAGUGUGAUAGGCUGGUCGAAAAGAGAACUGCAACCGAGCUCCACUUCUGACAGGAAAUACUACAGUACAUAUUUAGGCUACCACACGCAUACCGAUCUGAAGGAGAGGGCAUUUCACCGUAUGAUCUGCCAUGACGACUGAAUCAGGCGCAGACUCCGACCCGAAGCAGCCGGAGAAGGGGAAGGAGAAAGGGAAGAGUGGACAGCCUUGUCAAGUGCCACCAGCAGCCACAUCCUCGCCCCAGUCCUCGCCACUUCCUGCUGCCGCCGGACACAGCACGCCUGUCAGGAAGGAACAGGGGCAGAUUGAGGAGGACCAAGCAUCCCACCAGUCGUCCACCAGUCGCCUCUCCAGGUCUCCUCUGAAGGGAGGGAAGAAGGUGAAGAUCAUGCAGUGUAAGAUCACCCUCCUGGACGGCUCCGACUACACCAUCACGGUGGAGAAGCGAGCCAAGGGCCAGCUACUGUUUGACAAGAUGUGCGACCAUCUCAACCUGCUGGAGAAGGACUACUUUGGCAUCACAUACAGGGAUGUGGAGAACCAGAAGAAUUGGUUGGAUUCUGCCAAAGAGUUGAAAAAGCAGAUCAGGGCCGGCCCUUGGAACUUUGCCUUCAACGUGAAGUUCUACCCUCCAGAUCCCGCCCAGUUGUCCGAGGACAUUACUAGGUACUACCUGUGCCUGCAGCUGAGGGAUGACGUGGUUUCGGGGCGUCUGCCCUGCUCCUUCGCCACCCACACGGUGCUGGGCGCCUACACCGCCCAGUCUGAGCUGGGGGACUCGGACCCCGAGGAGCUGGGCAGCGACUACAUCAGCGAGCUGCGCUUCGCCCCCAACCAGACCAAGGAGCUGGAGGAGAACGUCAUAGACCUGCACAAGAACCACAAGGGGAUGACACCAGCUGAAGCGGAAAUGCGCUUCCUGGAGAACGCCAAGAAGCUGUCUAUGUACGGAGUGGACCUCCACCACGCCAAGGACUCUGAGGGUGUGGAGAUCAUGCUGGGGGUGUGUGCCAGCGGGCUGCUCAUCUACAGAGACAGGCUGCGCAUCAACAGGUUCGCCUGGCCCAAGGUCCUCAAGAUCUCCUACAAGAGGAACAACUUCUACAUCAAGAUCCGGCCAGGGGAGUUUGAGCAGUUCGAGAGCACGAUUGGUUUCAAGCUGCCUAAUCACCGCGCCGCCAAGAGGCUGUGGAAGGUGUGUGUGGAGCACCACACGUUCUUCAGGUUGGUGUCCCCUGAGGCUCCCUCGAAGAAGUUCCUGGGCCUGGGUUCUAAGUUCCGCUACAGCGGGAGAACGCAGGCCCAGACCCGCCGGGCGAGCUCUCAGAUCAUCCGACCGGCACCUCUGUUUGAACGCUCCUCCAGCAAGCGCUACACCAUGUCCCGGAGCCUGGAUGGAGCCCCCAUCACAGAGAACCACGACACCCUCAUGAAGGACGCCUCUGUCGACGGGCUGGUCAAGGCCGGCGCCAAGGGAGACCUGAUUACCACGGUGACGCCCGAGAAGAAGGCGGAGGAGGAGCUGGCAGAGCAGGAGGAGGCCCAGGCCAAUGGCCCCGAGCCCCCGGAGCCCUCCCCCUCCACCCCGCUCAGACACCACGAUAAGCGCUCCCCCUGUCUCUACUCCACUGACCCCCUCGGCUCCGAGCUCUCCCUCCCCUCCUCCCCUGUGUCGUCCACCAAAGUGCGACGGCGGCGCAGGGAGAACUCGCGCAGGCGGGCGGCGUCCGUCAGCCCGGCCAAGAGCGGCGCGGGCUGCCGGCGGCGGCAGGCCCGCGCCGACCGCAGGGCGGCCCUGCUGGAGGAGCGAGCCCUGCUGCUGUCGGCCCGCAAGCAGCGGCUGGAGGGGGGCAAGGCCCGCGGCGGCACCCUCUUCUCCUUCUCCCUGCACCUGCCCGACCUCGCCUCUUUCCUGGACGACGACGGCUACAUCACCUUCCCCGACCUGUCGGAGCUGCGCUUCCUGCCCGAGAGCGUGCAGCACUUCCUGCCCAUCAAGUCCCCCUCGCUCAUCCCCUGCUUCCUCUUCAUCUUCUUCUUCCUGCUCUCCACCUCCUUCUCCGUCCCCUACGCCCUCACCCUGUCCUUCCCCCUGGCUCUGUGUCUCUGCUACCUGGAGCCCAAGGCGGCCUCCCUGACGGCAUCCAUAGCCCAGGGCCUCCAUGACCAUGACAGUUCAGAGGAAGAGGAGGAGACGGACAGUGAGCAAACUGACUUUAACGUGGACGGGGAGACGACCGCCACAGAGUCGGAGCCAGAGGAGGACUCUGAGAUGAGGACUCAGUAUAGUUUCAUAAGACGAGUAAAGGGGGAGAACGUUUUUAUCAAGCAUAGUAACCUGAUGUUAGAGGACACGGAGCCCCCGGAGGAGCUGGUGAAACACCAGAGCAACAUCAGCGAGCUGAAGCGCUCCUUCCUGGAGACGGGCAGCAGCGCCCCCGGGAUGACCGAGUGGGAGAAGAGGCUGUCUGCGUCCCCGGCCCACUCCCCCAAGACGGAUGAUGCCCCCAUGAUCGAGCCCCUCCUCAGCCAGGAUGAUAACGAGCAGGUACACGAGGGGGAGCAGGAGAAGCAGGUGGUAGCAGCCGGUGCCUCUGAGACUGCAGACAAAGGUGUGACAGAAGGCUGUGUAGAGGCUGCCGCGCUGGGGGGGGAUCUGUCUGCCACAUUGGAGGACGUCCGAGGCAGCUUAUCCUCGGAGCACGAGGAGAGGAGCCCAGAGCCCCAGGAAGAGGUGAAGAUCAGCCCGGGGUCUGUCAGACAGGAGGUCACCCAGGCCAUCAUCACCAAGAGAGGAACCCUCAUCAUCCUGAAGGAGCUGGGAUCUGAAGACCAGGGGGACAGUGACGGCACCUACAUGGAGAUAGACAGGGGGGACAGUGACGGCACCUACAUGGAGAUAGAUGGCGUGAACGGAUAUCGUCCUGCUCCCGACGAGGCUCGAGAAAACCAGAUGGAUUCUCUUCCCUGCGAAGAGAACGAGGCUCAGAGUACCUUGGAAGAAGAUGAAGUUAGCAAGAGAGAAUCUCUGACCACCUGUAUGGAGGUCAAAGACGAGACGGAGGCUCCCCUCGGCGCGAAGGAGGUCGAGACCGAUGGCAUGGAGAGCAUUACAUCUCCUAAGAAGGCCAAGGCUCCGUGGUUGUCUGAGAUCAUAGAAACAGAAGAGGUAACCAUGGUCACCAAGCGCUCUUAUGAGGAAGUGAAAGAGCUGAGCACCACCGAAGAGGAGCUGGGGAAAGGCCGGAUUGAGCAAUCCCAGCUGAGCCUCACCGCCACUUGCUCUGUAACUGAAUCGUCAGCAGCCUCUUUAGCAGUGUCUCCACUUGGAUGGGCCUCCUCCUCUCUGAGUCCCAUCUUACACAAGACGGAGGAGGGCGUAUCCGAGGCGACGAAGGCAGAACCAGCGGAGUCGUCAGGGCCUACGGUGAAUAUUCCCUCAGAAGCUGCAGAGGCAGGGCCAGCACAUGCUGCAGAGCAGCUCCCUCCUGUAGAGGACACAGAGCCCACUGUCAGCACACACACUGAGCUAGACCACCCAGCAGGGGCAGGGCUUACAUUGAUGCCACCAGACACCAACACAGCAGCAGCUGUCAGUGAGAGCCCCUCAGAGCCACCAGGUAGUCCUGCUGAUAUUGAGGCCUUUGAAGACAGAAGAGAGAGGCCUUCCACUCUGGAGGCAGGUCUGCCUGAAGAAACAGAGGCAGGUCUGUGUGAAGGACCUGAGGCAGGUUUACCAGAGGCAGGUCUGUGUGAGGGACCUGAGGCAGGUUUACCAGAGGCAGGUCUGUGUGAGGGACCAGAGGCAGGUUUACCAGAGGCAGGUCUGUGUGAGGGACCAGAGGCAGGUUUACCAGAGGCAGGUCUGUGUGAGGGACCAGAGGCAGGUUUACCAGAGGCAGGUCUGUGUGAGGGACCAGAGGCAGGUUUACCAGAGGCAGGUCUGUGUGAGGGACCAGAGGCAGGUUUACCAGAGGCAGGUCUGUGUGAGGGACCAGAGGCAGGUUUACCAGAGGCAGGUCUGUGUGAGGGACCAGAGGCAGGUUUAUCAGAGGCAGGUCUGUGUGAGGGACCAGAGGCAGGUUUACCAGAGGCAGGUCUGUGUGAGGGACCAGAGGCAGGUUUACCAGAGGCAGGUCUGUGUGAGGGACCAGAGGCAGGUUUACCAGAGGCAGGUCUGUGUGAGGGACCAGAGGCAGGUUUAUCAGAGGCAGGUCUGUGUGAGGGACCAGAGGCAGGUUUACCAGAGGCAGGUCUGUGUGAGGGGGCAGGGGGGGAGACACAGAUGCCAGAAUGUAAGGAAAGCUUCAGCCAAUCAGAGAGUUCUGCAGAUAUAGCAUUGCUGCAGACUGAGUCUACUACACCAGCCUCCACAACAUGGGUGGAGGACGAUGAUGAUGAUGAUGAUGAUGGGGUUGGUGAAGAAAUAAAGGAGCAGGAGGUUGAAAGGGAGGAUGGUACAUGGAGAGGGGUGGAGGGAGAGAUUGAGGGUGACGAAUCGGUCAGCCUGUCGAACCCAAGAGAACCAUUCAAGUAUGAGCCGUCAGCAGGGGAAGAGGGUGGUCGCUGUGAAGAAGAGGACCACUGUGAGAUGUUUCUGGAAGAGUCAGGAAAUGACGUGGCCACCAUAAAACCUCCGGUCCUGACCACUGAGAAGAAGGUGAAGUUCUCAGAGGUAGACCAUGUUAUGGUGUGUCCCAUGGAUGAAGAAGAGGAGGAUGAUGACGGUUCAGAAGAAGCCGUGGAAAGCCACGACGGUGACAUGGAGAGCUGUGCAGACGUGGAGGCCUCCGCAGAUGCUCAUGAUGAGACGGGCUCGGAAGGUUCCGGGGAGGUGGAAGAUGACAUGGAGGAGAAGAGCAGAGACGGCCAGGAUGCAGAAGGAUCUAUCGAGGACCAGACCAGUGACAUGGACCUCUCUGGGGCGUCAGACCAGUCCAGCUCUAAAGACACGGAGGAGAAAGAGAAAAGUGAGAAUGAAGAAGAAGAAGAUGAUCAGAAUGAAGAGUGGAAUGUUGAAGAGGACGUUGGGGAAGACUACGGGAAAUCCAGCCCUCGUGAAAUAGAUCAGACUGAGGAGGACCCAGGAGCCCCUAGCACACACGCACCUCCAGCCAUGCCUCUGUCUGAGGAGUCGGAGGCUGUCCUGCAGGAGGAGCUGCCCUCCAAGGAGGCGCCUGUGGUCCACACCGAGACCAAAACCAUCACGUACGAGUCAUCCGAGGCCGACACCAACGGCGACGGCGACCCGGGGGUCUUGAUGAGCGCCCAAACCAUCACCUCGGAAACGACGAGCACCACCACGACCACGCACAUCACUAAGACGGUGAAAGGGGGCGUGUCGGAGACGAGGAUCGAGAAACGGAUCGUCAUCACGGGAGACACAGACAUCGACCAUGAUCAGGCUCUGGCUCAGGCCAUAAAGGAAGCCAAAGAGCAGCACCCUGACAUGUCAGUGACCAAAGUAGUGGUACAUAAAGAGACAGAAAUCACGCCCGAGGAGGGGGAGGACUGACCCAGGAAUAAACCUGAGGACUGUUUUCUAUCACCUGCCAAGACUCAACCUCCCAACAUGCAACGCCCACAUCAUGCACUACAUUACUGUGCUGGGACAUGGAAACCUGCCUCUUUCUUCCAUCUCUGCUCUCAAUCAGUCCCCUCCGUCACUGGCAAAUGCAUAUUGCAUGAGACAGACACAAUUGUGCAUUAUUCAAGAAUGACAAGAUAAAACAUAUAC